GAAUAUCCUUUGAACCACACGCGGCUCAAUCACGACGUUUAUCCAGCGGACCACUCACUAUGCAUCAUAGGAGCAGUCUUGUAGGAAAGGCGUGCAAAUGCAGUCACAGAAACCGUAAAUGCUGGCCGUUUUGCUCUAUUUCGUGUCGGAUCAAAACUGCCCUCCUCUAGCUCAAAAUGGGUUAGAAGGAGGAUGCCUGGAUUAUCCACUUUCAACACUUUGCGAGGAUGGGGAAUUGGAAUUUAUGUUUUCGUAGAGACUUCUUGACAAAGACGGAGAUAGAGAAUAGAGAUCGGAUUUGAGAUCUAUCUCCACUGUUCUUCGUUUUCUUUUCUUGUUUUCUUUUUUGAGAAAUGAUUGCAGAAUUCGUGUGCAGCGCUGUGGCUUUGGUCCUCUAUGUCAACACUCUGGGCGCUGAUUUCUGCUACGAUGACAGCCGUGCGAUCAAAACCAACCAGGACCUGCUCCCAGAGACCCCGUGGAUCAACAUCUUCUACGAUGACUUCUGGGGCACCCUGCUCACCCACAGCGGCAGCCACAAGUCUUACCGGCCCCUGUGUACCCUCUCCUUCCGCCUCAACCAUGCCCUGGGCGGCUUGGAGCCCUGGGGCUACCACCUAGUCAAUGUGGGCCUCCAUGGGGCAGUCACAGCCCUCUUCACCUGGUUGGCCCGCCUGCUGCUUGGAGGGGGCCUGUGGAGCCUCCUAGCUGGGUUAUUGUUUGCCUCGCACCCCAUUCACACAGAGGCAGUGGCGGGCGUGGUUGGCCGGGCCGACGUGGGCUCUGCUCUGUUCUUCCUGCUGUCGCUGCUGUGCUACGUACGUCACUGCACCCUGCGAGGGGGCUCUGCGGGGCCCUGCAGGCUGGGGGCCUGGCUCCUGGGCAGCCUGGGCUGUGCCGCCUGCAGCAUGCUGUGGAAGGAGCAGGGGGUGACGGUGCUGGCCGUGUCGGCCCUCUACGACGUCUGUGUUUUCCACCGGCUCAAAUUGCGUCAGGUCAUCAUGCUGGUUUACAAGAGGAGGAACGUCCACCUGCUGUUGAGUGUGUUGCUGUUGGCUGCCUGGGGGGCUGUUCUGCUGGCCUACCGCCUCUACUGGAUGGGCAACAAACCACCCAACUUCUCCAACUCAGACAAUCCAGCGGGGGACUCCCCAUCCCUCCUCACUCGGACUCUAACCUUCCUCUAUCUGCCCGCCGUCAACAUGUGGCUUCUCUUGUGCCCAAACACCCUGAGCUUCGAUUGGUCCAUGGACGCCCUGCCUCUGAUCAGAAGCAUCGCCGAUUGGAGGAACCUUCAUACUUUGGCCUUCUAUGUGGGACUGCUCCUUCUGGCUUGGUUUGGGCUUCGCACCCGCCAGGUCAAGGGCAAGGAGACCAACGGAAAAGCCCAUCAUGUAACCAACGGGAACGGGAGGUCCCACACCAAUGGACACAGUUGCCACCACCCCGAUGUUCCCAACCACACAAACUCUGAAACAGAGCCUCAAACUGCAAGUGCACAGAACGGUACCAAAAAGCACUACGUCACCAGGACUCCACUGCCCACCACUGAAAACGUAGUGGUGUUCUCCUUGGGCCUAUUGGCCAUCCCUUUCCUCCCUGCCACCAACCUGUUCUUCUACGUGGGCUUUGUGAUAGCAGAGAGGGUACUGUACAUCCCCAGUAUGGGCUUCUGUCUGCUGCUGGCGGUGGGGCUGAGGGCCCUGUACGUACGGCUGAGGUGGAGCUCCUCCAGGACUGUGGUGGUGUACUGUAGCGUUACCCUGGUCCUACUGUUUGGGGUUAAAACAGUGCUGAGGAACCAAGACUGGCAGAACGAGGAGAUGCUCUACAAGUCGGGAAUAUACUUUAACCCUGCUAAAGCAUGGGGCAACCUUGGGAAUGUCCUGAAGAACCAGGGCAAGAUGGCGGAGGCAGAGCAGGCAUACAGGAAUGCCCUCUACUACCGCAGGAACAUGGCAGACAUGCUGUAUAACCUUGGUUUGCUGCUACAAGAAAACAACAAGUUCUCUGAGGCACUCCACUACUAUAAACUGGCCAUUGGGAGCAGGCCAACUCUGGCUUCUGCCUACUUGAACACCGGGAUUGUCCUGAUGAACCAGGGGCGACUGGACGAAGCCAAGAGGACCUUCCUAACCUGCGCCGAAAUCCCUGACGAGAACCUGAAGGACCCCCACACACACAAGAGCUCUGUCACCAGCUGCCUGUACAACCUGGGAAAGCUGCUCCAUGAGCAGGGGCACCAGGAGGAGGCCCUCUCCGUGUAUAAAGAAGCAAUACAGAAAAUGCCAAGACAAUUUGCACCUCAGAGCCUCUAUAACAUGAUGGGAGAGGCCUACAUGAGACUGAACAAGCUGACCGAGGCCGAGCACUGGUACAGAGAGUCCCUGAGAGCCAAGCCAGACCACAUCCCAGCACACUUGACCUAUGGCAAACUCCUGGCCCUCACGGGUCAGAAGACUGAAGCAGAGAGGUUCUUUCUGAAGGCCAUCCAACUAGACCCCACAAAAGGAAAUUGCUAUAUGCAUUACGGUCAGUUUUUGUUGGAGGAGUCUCGUCUGCUGGAAGCGGCUGAGAUGGCGGAGAAGGCAGCUCGUCUGGACAGCGGGGAGUUUGAUGUGGUCUUCAGCGCAGCCCACAUGCUCAGACAAGCCAGUCUCAAUGACGCAGCCGAGAAGUAUUACGGACGGGCAGCCAGCAUAAGACCCAACUACCCAGCAGCCCUGAUGAACCUAGGGGCCAUUCUCCAUCUCAACGGGAAGCUGCGGGAGGCGGAGACCAACUACCUGCGAGCUCUGCAGCUGAAACCAGAUGACACCAUCACCCAGUCCAACCUGCGCAAGCUGUGGAACAUCAUGGAGAAACAGGGCCUCAGGACCAUGGGGCUGAGUUAGCUCUGAGUUAUCUCUCCAGCCAGCAAGCCAUCUGUGCAGCAAGCCUGGGGAAGAAGUGGCUGUUUCACCCUCAGAGGAGAGAGGGAGGAGAGACUGGGAAGGUGAGGAAGGGGGAGGACAGCAGAACGCUCCUCGUGACUGUCUGUUGUGAGGAGCACUACAUUGGAUGAUGACAUUCUGGAACUUUGUCCAAAAAGGGUGCUCUCCCAGGAUCUGUGAUUCUUGAACAGAGCACUUAACUUGAAGUGGGCCAUAUUUUGUGGUUAAUUAGGUUUUGAAUUAGUUAUAGAUUCUUAAAAAAUAUUUAAGGACAACGUUUGUCCUGGGACAGUGCAAGAUUAAAAGUGUGUGCGAGUGACAGGAAAAAAAAACGUCCCAAGGCGCUGCCCUCUGAAGCAGGAGCAGUGGAGUAGAAGUUACUUUUACUCACCGUCUAAUUACGUUUUUCGUCUGAAGUCAGUUCAUUGGUUUCUGUGCAUAUCAGUGGAACUCGUGGCAUGGUAUUGGAGUUUACAGCUUUAUCAGUUGUAAACAGCUCCCACUGGGUACAGACAUCAGUUCAACAUCUAGUUUUGAUUUACAUUUGGUUGAGUUGUCAACUAACAUGAAUUCAAUGUGAAAUCAACAACAACAAAAUCACCAAGUUAUUGGAUUUAAGUAAAAAGAGUGAAAAUAAGACAAUUGCCUUACGUUAACUAUUUUCAAAUCCAAUCUGUUUUCCACGUUGAUUCAACGUCAUCACGUAGAAUUUGGGGGUGGAAAUUACAUGAAAACAACCUUGACUCAACCGGCUUUUGCCCAGUAGGCAACUAGUGGAGGUCAGGGUUGAUUAAUUAUUGAUUCCGAAUGCCUAUGAGAUUUCACUGAUUUGACAUGUUCUUGGACAUUGAGACCUACAGCACCAUGCCUGCAAACGAUAUGUAGCAGAUUGUUGAGCAUCAUUGAGUGAUAAAAAGGGAACCCGUCAUUGAAAAUAAGAAUUUGUUCUUAACUGACUUGCCUAGUUAAAUAAAGGUAAAAUAAAAUUGUUGCCAAAAAACACAGUGGUAGUUGUGAAAUAAAAUGCCAAUACAUCUGUCAGAUGGAAAGGUGAAAUGACUUUGAACUGAAAGAAAUGUCUGUCAUUAUUUGCAAACUCUAUUAUUCCUUUCUAAUUGAAGGUGUGAAACUUUUCCAUGUAAAUGUAGCAGAUCAUUUCACAUUCCUUCAUUAAGCUUGUUGUUUCAUAGAGAGACAUCACAUGGCUCCUGUGUAGGCUACUCAUGUGUCCUUGGAUAUUUGUCUUAGAGGACAGCAAUGUGUUAUGAAAGGAAAUGGCCAACUAACUUCCGAUGGUACUAACAUUAGCCCCUAUAAGUUGAUGACUGAAAUCUCCUAACCAAAAUAGCUGUCUAAUCGAUGCACUCCUUUACAUAACAAUGCACAGCUAUAGUUUGUCUGAGGGAAUAUUUUUAUGUAAUAUUGCUUUGAAAACAUAAAUGUUAUUUUAUUUGUAUGUAUACAUGAAGUUUAAUAUAUACAGUACAAAGCCACAUACAUUAUAAUGGAGACAAUAGUCUGACUUGCAAGGGAAGGUCAGUGCCCAGCAGGUUCAGUAUCUGUAAGAUAUGAAGUAUUUUCCAUAGUAUCAAUACAUAAUGUUCUCUCACUCUUUUUGGUCUUAAACGUCCAUUUUGUAUAUAUUAUGUGUAAUUAACAUCUACUUGGUGCUUGUCAUUAAAACAUUUACCACCGUUUAAAAAACUUACAUUUGGAAGGAAGAAAAAGUAUUUUGGAGAUGAUCCCGCUAUGACAUUUAUGUUUAUGGUAAAGAAGCCCACAGCCACCAGGCGGUUUAAUAUUUGCAAGUUAUUUCUUUGUGUUAUCUUGGCAUAUAAACCAGCUGGUACUGUGUUAUCUUUUUAAAUGUAUGUUGAAGGAAGUUCGUAAGAUAAAUAUUAAUCCAUUUCCCUUCAAGAAAUGUGAUAUACCUGUACACGUUUGUCUGGAAGACUUUGCCUUGCAUUAUGACUGAAAAAAAGGAUUAUACAGCUAUGUGAUUCUCAACCCCAUUUUCUGACAGGUGUAUCUUGAUUAUGCUAAGAUAUUGCAUUUGAUUAAAAAAAACUAAGUUCAUCAUAGACAAUAAAUUCAAUGGCUACCAAAAAGUCAAAAGUAUUAAAAUAUUGCCAUUUCUUUUGCUGUUCUUUUGCUGUCUCUGCAGUCACCCCAUCCAUCCGAGGUCAUAUCCAGUGCUUUAUGAAGUUAGUAGUCUGAUAGUUGCCUUGUUCUUUCUUGAACAAAAAAAAUGAUAGUUGUCCUGUUCCACUCUGUACGUAACCUCUGUUCUCAUGUCUGUCUGCCAGUAUUGGAGUCACAGCAUGGCACUGUGUCUGGCAGGAGCUGGAUGGUCUUACUGGUUGUUACAGUGCUGACGAUUGUGAUGGUCUUGACCAUACAGCACAACACUGUACAACACUGUGUUGUAUAUAGCUAUGGUCACCAUGUCUAUCUGUCUGUUAUAGUGAAAUGUUGAACUAGGUUAUCACAAUAAACUAUUCUACCUUCACACCUUCCACCCCACUCCUACAACCCCCAUCACAAGUUGUGCUAAUUUCUCUUGUGGAUAAAUUGUUUAUGAACAAAUUAUAGUAUGAAUGAAGAUGGAAAUAAGUGUUUCAUUCUGUCUCUCUGCUCAGGGAUUUCAAGCGGUGGGUUGUAUUGCUGAAUCAUACUCACGGAGCACUCGGAGAGUUUACUAAAUUAAAGUUUUAUUUUUUGAAAGUUGUUGUAUUUGUAUAAAUUAUCAAGAUUUGUAGCCUUUGCUUAAACGAUGCGCCAGUAUAAACUUUCCCAAUGUUGCUUUUUUUCCACAAUAAAGUAAUAGUGUUCUGCUUUCAUUGUC